AUGUUCACCAAGACUCUCCGUUCCGGACUCAUCACCAAGAAGAAUAUUAUCGGUUUUGCUACUCAACAAGUUAGAAGCAAACAUCAAUUACCAACAUUGGACUAUGCUGUCGAACAAGGUAUUCAUCCAGUUAUUACUGCUCGUCAAUUAGAUUUCCACUACAAUAAGCAUCACAAGACCUAUGUUGAUAAGCUUAACGCAUUGGUUGAAGGUACUUCAUUUGAAUCUCAACCUUUGGAUGCUAUUAUUCAAAAAGUAGCCUAUGAUAGUGACCCAAAGAGUGUUGCCAUCUUCAACAAUGCUGCUCAACAUUUUAAUCACUCCUUCUAUUGGAAAUCAUUGGUUCCAGGUGGUGAUAAGAUUGAAAACUAUCCACUCAUUAAACAAGAAAUUGAAAAGCAAUUCGGUUCCGUUGAUGCUUUCAAACAACAAUUCACUGAAAAGGCUACCACUUUGUUCGGUUCUGGUUGGACUUGGUUAGUUUUGGAUGGUACUUCAUUGAGAAUUUGGAAUGGUUCUAAUGCUCAAACUCCAAUUGCUGAAAAUUUAAUUCCAUUGCUCACUUGUGAUGUUUGGGAACAUGCUUAUUAUUUGGAUCAUCAAAAUAGAAGACCAGAUUAUUUGAAGACUUUCUGGGAAGCAGUUAACUGGGGAUUCGUCAACAAGUCACUCCAAUUUGCUGUUGAACAAUCUAGUAUUAAAUUGUAA